UGCGGCAAAAAGAAUAGAGCUCAACUCGUUCUUCCUCCAACUUGCACGAACUACACAUGCACGAUGCGGAGGGAUCGGAAGCUAACAAAAGAAACGCUGGGGCAUCCAUCUUUCGGCAACCGCGGCUUUUGUUGGUUGGAGCAUCCUUUACGAGUUUUCAUUUCUGGAGAAAAGAACCUUUUACAAGCUCUCAUCACACGCUCUAUCUUUUCUUAUAAUAAUUGACAGCACAACUGCAAGAAUGCAUCACUGGGCGUGGAUUGGUUGCCAUGAAAGUCUCUGCAGCCUGCUUGUUAUAUAUGCUGGUGCUCUGGUGAUCUCUUCACUUAUUGUGCAGCCUGACGAGCAACUAAUUGUAGCUAAUAAUAGCCCCAGUUUGUGACGAGGAGCUGCAGCCAGGAGGAGCUGCAUGCUCAUGGCGAUGGAGAACUUGUGGUGGUGGCCGCUGCCGGCAUGGAUGAGCCCCGGCGCGGCGCUGUUCCUGUUCUGCAACGUGCUCGUCGGCGCCAUCGUGGUCACCUCCCGCGGGGAGCAGGCCGCGUCCACGCGGAGGUUCUGCCGCAGCGCGUCGUCCAUGGUCCUCGGCCGGCUCCGGUCCUUCUCCAUGUUCUCCGACCCCUUCGAAGAGGGCUACCACCCGUCCCUGGAGCUGGAAGGCGAGCAGCAGCAGCAGCAACCGGCCGUCGCGGAACCAGCGGCCCCCGGGGCGCCGGCGAGCUCCGAGAGCGCUGCCACUGAUGAGGAAGUGGCUGGAGCCGGGAAGGACAAGCCCGUCUGCUCGGGGGAGGCUCAAGGGCCGGCACGGCGAUCGUCACCGCCACCAGCUGUGGUCUCCGCCGCCGCCGCCGCUGCCGAGGCAACAGCGGUAGCGGAGCGACCGGCGACGGUGGCGGAGUCGAUCGUGCAGCGCGCGCGAGCGUGCCGGCGGGGAGUGGAGGAAGCACUGGAGGGGAAAGCGGCGCUGAACGCGCGGGCGGAGCUGUUCAUCCGGCAGUUCCGGGAGGACCUCAAGCUGCAGCGCCUCAACUCCAUCGUCAACUACACCAGGGCCCUCCGCCGCGGCGCGGGCGCUAGCCCGGCAACGGCUGCCGGCCAGUAGAAUGCUUGAAAGCCUCCGGUGGGCAACUGUGUUUUGUUUUGCACUUUUGUUCCUGCACGAGUGCUAGGACACAAUUUUGAAUUUGAACGUGUGAUUAUAGCAAGGUUUGCCCAUUAUAUGGGUACAAAAGUCCUCUAUUCACCAGUAGGACGAAAUAAAUUUAUCCAAUAAUGAUCAAAUAGAGUUGGUUGAAUUGAAAUUUGAAUACGAAUUUAGAGUAUAA